AUGGUGACUUCUAGUUCGGUGAUCAUCCUAACGCUCUGGGCGGCACUGGUCAGUGCGAGCCCCGUUGCCGAUCCCCUGGUGACUCCUGCUCCUAAACUCGAUGAUUUGGCAAAGCGCGCAACAUCGUGCACAUUCUCCGGGUCCGAGGGGGCCUCUUCGGCCAGCAAGUCCAAGACCUCAUGCUCCACCAUUGUGCUCUCCGAUGUGGCAGUGCCCUCAGGUACCACUUUGGAUUUGACCGAUCUGAAUGAUGGGACUCACGUCAUCUUCGAAGGCGAAACCACGUUUGGUUACGAGGAAUGGAGCGGACCCCUUGUCUCCGUCUCCGGAACUGACAUCACUGUCACCGGAGCCGACGGCGCCUAUCUCAACGGUGACGGCAGUCGUUGGUGGGACGGUGAGGGCAGCAAUGGUGGCAAGACGAAGCCCAAGUUCUUCUACGCCCACGAUCUGACCUCGUCCACGAUCAGCGGGAUUUACAUCCAGAACUCGCCGGUGCAGGUGUUCAGCAUCGAUGGAUCGACCUAUCUCACUAUGGAGGACAUCACCAUUGACAACUCGGAUGGCGAUGAUGGCGAGGCAGCAAACACUGAUGGUUUCGAUAUUGGUGAUAGUACGUACAUCACCAUCACGGGCGCAAAUGUAUACAACCAAGAUGACUGUGUGGCGGUGAACUCAGGCGAGAACAUUUACUUCUCGGGAGGCGUCUGCUCCGGUGGCCACGGGCUGUCGAUCGGUUCCGUUGGUGGUCGCAGUGACAACACCGUGAAGAACGUGACCUUCUACGACUCGGAGAUCAAGAGCUCUCAGAACGGAGUGCGCAUCAAGACCAUCUACGGCGACACUGGGUCGGUAAGCGAGGUUACUUACAAGGAGAUAACCCUGUCCGAUAUCACCGACUACGGUAUUGUGGUGGAGCAGAACUAUGACGAUACGAGCGAAUCCCCGACUGAUGGCAUUACCAUUGAGGACUUUGUCCUUGACAAUGUGCAGGGGAGUGUAGAGAGCUCGGGUACGAAUAUCUAUAUUGUCUGCGGAUCGGACAGUUGCACAGACUGGACUUGGACGGAUGUGGAUGUCAGUGGAGGGAAGACCAGCUCUGAUUGUGAGAAUGUGCCGGACGAUAUUAGCUGUUAGAUGUCGAUAGCCGUUGAGCAGCAAAGCUGAACUGCUUGGGGGUAUUAGCAGAUUGUGUUGUCACAUAGGACGAUGCUGGACUUGAGCUGCAAACAUAAACCCACGUUCAGGUCAAUGGAUGUCAG